AUGGAAACUUGUAUGAUUAAAGAAGCCAGCAACAUGAACCUUAAUCAUUCUUCAAUAAACUCCCACUCUCCAACUUUUCUCUUACACGACGGCUUCCCUUCAUCCCAUCAAGUUUCAGACAUAGAGAUGAUCAAGAUACAGUCGGUUUCUUACACGAGUUUGAAGGACUUGUUGUCUUCUCCAACAGCAGAUCAGACCGGGAUCAGUACCCCGACGAUACACGAUAAUAAAAAUAAUAAUAGUAGUUAUUGGAGUUGUUGGAACGAAGAAAUUCCCAUAAAGAAUCCGCUGGUUAAGCAUGCGGCGUUGGCUUAUUUGCAGCCUAUGUCGAGUCCCACGGCGACGGCGGAAAAGGGUUCGUUUGGGGGGCUUAAGGGAAUGUGCUGCCGUGAAAGUGGGUGCCUUUUUUGGCUGUACGAUGUCGUUUGGAGCAACGUCAGGGAGGCGGUUUGGGAGAGCAGAGAAGAGGAUGAUUCUUAUGAAGACGAUGAAGACAAGGUUGACUUGGUUCAAUUUGUAAAUAUGCACUUUUUUCAUAAUUAUCUAGAGUUCUUUUUUCCUGGAUUUUUCUACUUUUUGCACGAUGUCCUUGAUCGGAGCUUAGAAUGCAACUAUUAG